GUACACCUUAUCAAUAUCCCCAAUCCAUGUCUCACUAAACUGAACUGAAUGUGAAACGCUUUCGUCAAAAACGAAAUGAGGUUAAUAAACAGAGCACAAUGUUUCUGCUAUAUCUUUAUAAAUUAGAAAUCUGAGUUUUGGAUUCCAUUAUCAUUGAGCAGAGGUAUAAUCGUUAUGUUUCGCAGCUCAAAUGCUUUCUCGGACUUGUUUGUCACAGUGGUCAACGUUUGAUUUCUGUUCGUGAACUUCAUUUUGUACACAGUUGGGAUUUUCAAGAUGGAGGUGGGUUCAACAAGGUAGGUCUUUUCAAUGUUUCCUGAAUGCAUUGCUUAGUUGUCUCUUCUUCAUGGUGCUGUCUUGUAAAACAAGCACCAUGUUUUUCCCGGAAUACAAGAACAUUUUGUAAGGAAAAAUUUCACCAUUUGCCAUAUAACAUGGCUUCCUGUAAUUUGAAGAUGGGCCAUCAGAGGUUGAAUGAGUCUCAAGCUAGGCAUCAUUUGAGUUAUGUGUGUCAGAGGUUGUAUUGUAUGCCUAUUAACGUUGAGGAGUCUUCAUCUCUAGAAUCGGAAUUUAGUCCAAAUGAUGAAGAGUCGACAUCUAAGGAUUCACCAGAGGAGUUUCUUGCUCAACCAAUAAGCAGUAACGCGCUGAAGGCUCUGCUUGCUGACUCUGAGAGGGCGAACCUUCUUAGAAAAUUAAGUGAAGCCAAUCAACAAAACAGGUUCCUCAAGCGGCAGCUGCAUGUAAAGGAGGAAGCCUUGGUGGAAUUCAAAAGUGAACUUGCUGUAAUUGAACUUGAAAUUCAGGCAUUAGUCAAACUUGCAGAAGAAAUAGCCAAGUCUGGCAUUCCAAAGGGUUCGAGAAAAAUCAACGGAAAAUAUAUUCAAUCUCACCUUCUUUCCCGACUUGAAGCUGUGCUUGAGAAGUUAGAGGAGCAGGUCAAGGAUAUUGGUGCAGCACAAUGCAAGGAGGUUCCCUUAUUUUGGUAUGGUAUGGCAGAGAGUGUCCAAGUGAUGGGAAGCUUUGACGGAUGGAGCCAAGGAGAAUAUUUGUCAUCAGAAUAUACAGGUUCUUACACCAAGUUCUCGACCACAUUGAUGCUGAGACCUGGAAAGUAUGAAAUCAAGUUCUUGGUGGAUGGAGAGUGGAAGUUAUCCCCAGAAUAUCCAAUUGUUGGUGAAGGAUUAAUGAUAAAUAACUUGUUAACUGUCCAGUGAAAUUCCUUGAGCCAUGAUGAGUCUAUGUACAAUUUGUAACUAGAAUUAGAUAUAACAUAUAUACCCAACCAUUUUACAUCUAACAGCUUUCCUAAGGUGCAUCGUUUCACUUUGCACUGGUGAGGUUUUUGUGAUAAUAAUGAUCUUUCUAUAUUAAAUGGAUUGUUGCUGUUAACCCACUAA